UCUGUGCUAGACGUGACGGUUGAUUGGCAUGUUGGUGAUGUUGAUUGGUUAUAUUGUUUACCUAAAAAAUUCGCAUUCGUAAUUUCGUUUCGUACAUUUUACAGGUGUUUGAUGCUCAGUACUAGUACACAUAAUUACAAACAAAUUAGAUAAUUACAAAAAACAAGUAUAAUAUUCGAGAAUCGAAUAAAUAUUAUAUUCAUCACUCUGAGAGUUGUAUAUUCCUUGCUCUAGCCUCUACUUAAAUCUAUCGUCGUAAUUAAAAUUUGAAACAAUGAAUUUAAAAAUAGACAUUAACUCUGAUUUGUGUCACAAUUUAUUAACAAAAUUAGAGAAUGCCGAUUUAUUGUAUCAAAAUUUCGUUAAGAAUGUUGCUAAAUAUCAAUUUCAGGUGAAAGCUAUAAUUCAGGACAUAUUAGAGUGUAGAGAUUCAAUGGAAACUUUAAACGAAUUAAAUGAAAAAGGGAGGUCAAUUUUAACAUUAUUAAGAGAAGAAAUAGAAAACGUACAUGCAUAUGCUAAUACCUCAGGAGAUGUUAAAUAUAUUGAUGAAUUGUCCUCUCAACGACAUCUCUUGGCUAGUUUAUUGAAAGAGUUCAAAGAAGCCAAUAUAAGCAGCAUGUUUGCUAUUGAGAAAGCUCAAAGAGAACAGCUACUCCAGUCUGAGAAUGGAGAAGAAAGUGUAAUAAGGAAAAGAAAGAAAAAAGUUGAUAGCGAUGGCCUUUUAAAUAUGUCUACAGGUGUCACCGAACAAUUACUCUCCAUUAGUCGACAGCUGGCAGCAACUACACAGCGGAGUCAAGAUACAUUGGAUAGUUUAGUUUCAUCUAGUUCUACAGUUCAGGGUACACAAGCAGAACUUCAAAACACUGGAAGCACCAUCACCCAAUCAAGCAAAUUACUAAAGAAAUAUGGCCGACGAGAGUUUACUGAUAAAGUGAUAAUGUUUUUUGCUUUCUUAUUCUUUUUGGCUGUUUGUUUAUACAUUGUUCAAAAGAGAUUAUUUUAAUUUUGUUACAAUAUUUUUGAUUUUGUUAUUAUUUACUAUAAUAUAAUACCUAAUGAUUAUAAUAAACAUGCCCAUCUUUCCCUGUGAAAUAGGUACCUUAUAU